AUGGCGUAUGAGAAGCCAAAGUCGUCCGACCCACACUCGGACAGAUUGGAGCUUCUAGAAUGCACCGUGCAGGCUUGCUGCAAAGCUCUUGUGAGCAGAUUUAAUCCAUCUGUGCAGUAUUAUUCUUCCCUUGGAAACAUCAGGACUGAUUCACAAAUGGAAAUGAGCAGCAGCCUUUUGGAACAAGCAGAAGAACUUACACGCAAUAUGAAAGAUAGCCAGAAGCUAGAUUAUGAAAAUAACUGGAAGCUAAUCACAGUUUUCUACCAGUAUCCUUCCUGGGCCUCCAACUCUCAGGAGGCUUCCCCAUUAAACAGUGUUAAAGAACUGGAAGAAGCCUUGGAUUUUCUACAUGAAGAAGUUCCCAAGGCCUUUGUAAAUCUGGUGGAUUCUACUCAGCUUGUAGAUUUAUCAGAUCCAUAUAUGGAUCAGAACAAUAUCAGGGCCAUUUCCCCAGACUUAUGCAGUUCUUCUAAUGAGUGUUCUAGCCUGGAUGACAUUAUAAGGAGAUGGGCCUACCAGGAUGCUUUGGAAAAGCUGUUGGCAUCUAGAAGAUAUGACAAAACAGAUUAUUUCACUGUUGUUCCUCAGACUUUUCUUCAUGAAGCAGACAGUCAUCUUACAAGAAAUGGGAAAGCUUAUGUUGAUUUCUCAAAAAGGUCAUCAGUCAAAAUCACAGGAAAGGAGUUUUCUGCUCUGGGAGUAGAACUCUGGAACAACAUGAUGCAACCAGUGGGACAGAAGCAGCCUUAUCAUUUUUCAGAGAUACCCAAGGCACAGUGUCCUUCUCAGGAUCAUCCAUACUUCUUCACAUACAGGAACAGCAACUACUCAUUUUCCCUAGUGAAGUCAGAUGCUAAAGAAGAGCCUGAGCAAUUGUCAUUUGGGACAAGCCUUCCAUGUUCUGAUCGCAGCCCUUCGGAUACAGUUCCACUGUCAGUUCAUAAGUUGAAACCAGCUGACAUUAAAGUGAUAGGUGCCCUUGGGGACUCAUUAACUGCAGCAAAUGGAGCAGCAGCAGCCAACAUACUAGAACUUCUAACACAGUAUCGAGGCCUUUCGUGGAGUGUUGGUGGAAACGAAGACAUAAACACAAUUACAACAUUAGCGAAUAUACUUCGUGAGUUCAAUCCUUCUCUCACAGGCUUUUCCACUGGCACAGGAACACAAGAAAAAUCUAAUGCCCGCCUGAACCAGGCUGUGGCAGGAGCACGUUCUGAGGCUCUCUCAUCUCAGGCUAGAAGACUAAUUGACUUGAUGAAGAAUGAUCCUGAAAUAAAUUUCCAGAUAGACUGGAAGCUCAUAACACUUUUCAUAGGAGGAAAUGACUUGUGUGGGUCUUGUAAAGACACUGAACGGUAUACUCCUGAUAAUUUUGUAAGCAAUAUACAGACAGCUUUGGACAUAUUCCAUAAAGAGGUUCCUCGACUCUUUGUGAAUCUGGUGACAGUUCUACAUGUAUUACCUCUUAGUGAAUUAUAUCAUGAGAAAAACGUUUCCUGUCCAAGAUGGCUUAUGAGCCGAAUGUGUUCGUGUAUUGUAAACUCCAAUGAUUUGGAUGCAAUGGAGGUCCUUAACAGAAAAUAUCAGGAGGGUACUCACUCCCUAAUUGGGACUGGAAGGUAUGACACAAGGGAAGAUUUCACAGUGGUUGUGCAACCGUUUAUGGAAGAAGCAGAAAUGCCUUAUACUAAGGAUGGGCUGCCCGAUGCCUCAUUUUUUGCUCCAGAUUGCUUUCACUUUCAUCAAAAGAGUCACUCACAAGCUGCUCGUGCUCUGUGGAACAACAUGCUAGAACCCGUUGGAGAAAAACUGAAGGCGCUGGUACUCAACGACACGAUAACUCUCAAAUGUCCAAGUCUGGACCAGCCUUACUUGAGGACAUACAAAAACAGUGGGUAUACCUACCCCACUAGGCCGCUCGAGGCUCAUGGAAGCCAGAUGCUGUGUAACGAGGUAGUUCCAUCCAUCAACUCCUCUGUUUCAGUGCACAGCCUGAAACCAGCUGAUGUGCAAGUAAUAGCUGCCCUGGGGGAUUCCUGGACUGCUGGUAAUGGCAUUGGAUCAAAACCAAAUGACAUGUUGGAUAUGAAUACUCAGUAUCGGGGACUGGCUUGGAGCAUUGGAGGAGAUGCCUCAUUAAGGAAUGUAACUACUUUAUCCAAUAUCCUUUCUGAGUUCAAUGUUAACCUCACCGGUUAUUCUACUAGUACAGGUGGCCCAAAUGAUCCAAUCUCCUUUCUCAAUCGUGCAGUCCCAGGAGCACAGGCUGAGAAUUUGUCAGACCAAGCAAAACAACUUGUGAAGUUAAUGAAAAAUGACUCCAGGAUCAACUUUGACACUGACUGGAAGAUCAUAACUAUUUUUAUUGGAAUCCAUGACUUGUGCAACUAUUGCAAAGAUAUUAAUCAUUAUUCAGCAGCAAACUUUUCAAGUCACAUUCAAAAAGCACUGGACAUUCUCCAUGCAGAGGUGCCUAAAACUUUGGUUAAUCUUGUUGAAGUGAUGGACUUUCUUCCUUUGAGGCAAUUGUUUCUGGAUAGUCGAUUACCGUGCUCCAUACAUAUAGCAGAAGAAUACUGUGGUUGUAUUCUUCCUAUUAAAGAAGGUUCAUCUGAGCUAGUGAUGAUGACAGAAGCUGUGAAAGCCUACCAGAGUAGCAUGCAAAAACUGGUGGAGACUGGCAGGUAUGACACUCAAGAAAAUUUUACAGUAGUCCUUCAGCCUUUCCUCAGAAACAUCACAGUGCCUCUUCUCCAGGGUGGCCGUCCAGAUAUCUCCUUCUUUGCACCUGACUGUUUUCACCUAAGUCAAAAAUCACAUUCCCAGCUCUCUAGAUCACUCUGGAACAACAUGCUUCAGUCAUUAGGGAAUAAAACAGUUUCCUUUGACUUUAUGGCUAACCAUAACCUGAGCUGUCCAACUAUGUCCCAACCAUUCCUGGGAACCUACAAGAACAGCAAUUACACUUAUGCACCUCUGGAGCCAACAAAGAAGCCCAGUCAGGACUGGGGUAGUGACCUGUCAUGCCCUGGACAAACUCCAUCCAAAGAAGUCCCAACCUCAGUGCACAAGCUGCGGCCAGCUGACAUCCGAGUGAUAGCGGCACUGGGUGAUUCCUUGACGAUUGCAUUAGGAGCCCUAGCAACUGGACUGGAUGAUCUGAAAACACCUUGGAGAGGACUUUCCUGGAGUGCUGGAAGUGACGGAGACUUGGACAGUCACACUACUUUGCCUAAUAUUCUGAAAAAGUUUAAUCCAAACCUCUCUGGCUUCUCUACUGGCACUGAGCAGGCAACGGCAGGAUUCAACAGAGCAGUAGGAAAUGCCACAGCACUGAAUCUCUCAGCCCAAGUGCUCGAACUGAUAGAACUAAUGAAAAGCAGUCCGGAUAUCAACUACAAGGAUGACUGGAAGUUAGUCACCAUUUUAAUUGGACGCAAUGAUCUGUGUCAAUAUUGCAUAGACAGGGAGACUUAUUCAGUGGAAAAAUAUGUACAACACCUUCAAGGCUCCCUUGAUAUCCUUUACGCAGAGCUCCCUCGGGCCUUUGUCAACGUGGUAGAGAUAAUGGAGCUCACUAGGCUGCGUAAGAUAGAAAGAGAAACAGCCGGAUGUGUUCUUUCAGGAGAGAGCCUGUGUCCAUGCUUUCUAAACCCUCAUGAAAAUUCCUCUGAACUGCAAGAAAUGCAAAGAGUUAACAAAGACUAUCAGGAGAGAAGCUCAGUGAUGAUCAAUGGCAGUCGCUAUGACCAACGGGAAGAUUUUGCUGUUGUUGUUCAGCCAUUUUUCCAAAAUACCAACCUGCCACUGGAUAGUGAUGGGAAACCAGAUCUGAGUUUCUUUGCUGUGGACUGCUUCCAUUUCUCUGCGAGAGGCUACGCUGGCAUGGCCACUGCGCUCUGGAAUAAUAUGCUGGAGCCAGUUGGAAAGAAGCAGUCCUACAAUAACUUUACUCAUGGAAGAUCAACACUCAAGUGUCCAACCUCAGAACACCCUUUUCUUUUCACAUCAAGAAACAGUGGAUGUCAGAGUUCAGGAAGCAUGUCAGAAAACAGUGGAACUGUGGUCCCUUACUGGGCUGUGAUUGUGGCAGUAGCAGCUGGAUUCUUGGCAGGCUCCCUGAUUAUUUGGGUUUUGAUGGCUCAGAGAGUCAGGAAACACCCACAGGCAAGAAACACAGGAAUUGAAGGGAAAUCAACAUCAUUUUAAAUUUGCACCUGCACCAAAGAGACCUAACAUAAUAUCUUCCUCCGGUGACACGAGGAGAACAGUAUGACAGCUUAGCGAUAACUUUACACAGUCUAUAUUUAAAUCAAAUAUUUCCAUUUGAAAGUAAAGGAAGAGACAUCAAUCUGUGCCUACCAGCCCAGACAUCUCAGAAACUGAUGACAGACCAGAGUUUAAAAUAUGAGAUUACAUACAAGGACAGUAUACUUGGAAAACUAAAGCAAGAACAUUUCAAAUUUAUCAGCAUUACCAGAUUACAAAUAAGAUAUGUCUAGUAAAAUGAAAAUACUAAGAUUAAAACCUGAUUCUUGGCAAUGAUUAAAUGGUCUAUAGCUUGCAUGCUUAAUUCCCACAAAAAGCCCUGAAGUCCCUACUGCUGGAACUCAAGAGGCUCCGAAGUUAUAGACAGGAGCCUGAACAGGUGCAGUGGGCGGCCACUGCACCUAGUGAUUCUAGGGCCUUGACUUUUUGUCAGAAUUUCUAAGACCA